AUGUCCUCCUCCGAUAAUUACCGUCUCGAUGGAAAAGUCGCUCUGGUAACUGGGGCUGGCCGCGGCAUCGGAGCAGCCAUCGCCGUAGCCCUCGGUCAGCGCGGCGCGAAGGUCGUCGUCAACUACGCUAACUCCCGUGAGGCCGCAGAAAAGGUCGUCGACGAAAUCAAGUCGAACGGCUCAGACGCCAUUUCCAUUCAAGCCGAUGUCGGUGACCCUGAUGCCGUCACCAAACUGAUGGAUCAGGCCGUUGAGCACUUCGGAUACCUGGAUAUAGUCUCAUCUAACGCGGGAAUUGUCUCGUUCGGGCAUGUCAAGGACGUUACGCCAGAUGAAUUCGACCGAGUAUUUCGGGUCAACACGCGCGGACAGUUUUUCGUCGCCCGCGAGGCGUAUCGCCAUCUGCGUGAAGGCGGACGCAUCAUCCUCACAAGUUCCAACACAGCCAGCGUCAAAGGCGUCCCCAGGCACGCUGUGUACUCGGGCUCUAAGGGGGCGAUUGACACCUUUGUGCGGUGCCUAGCUAUCGACUGCGGCGACAAGAAGAUCACGGUCAACGCGGUCGCUCCCGGCGCCAUCAAGACCGAUAUGUUUCUAUCCGUGUCGCGAGAGUAUAUCCCCAAUGGGGAGACUUUUACUGAUGAGCAGGUGGAUGAGUGUGCCGCGUGGCUGUCGCCGCUAAAUCGGGUCGGAUUACCGGUUGACGUGGCCCGGGUGGUCAGCUUUCUAGCUUCAGAUGCGGCCGAAUGGAUCAGUGGAAAGAUUAUUGGCGUUGAUGGGGGGGCCUUUAGAUAA